CAAGGACCCGGGUUAAAGAGCCAAGAUGGCGGCUACCGCCGGAGCCCCGCGACAGAACCGGGUGGGCUGGGCGUUCGUCCGCUGCUGAAGUCCCUCACACCCCUCAACAUAUCUAUCUUUUAAACACCUUCUGAUUCCCUCCCCUUGUCUCCGCGGGGUGUGUGUGUGUGGUGGGGGGUAUUAUUAUGCCUUGUCCCCGAGGCCGGGUCCCGUGUGCAGAAUGCUGCGUCCCACCGAGUUUUUCCGCAGCAUCGAGUGCCCGUUCUACGGCGGCGCCGGCGGCGGCUGCAACCGGCCCUACUGUCACUUCAGGCACCGCAACCAGAAGCCGAGGGAGAAGCCGCCGGGCGACGAGCCGCCUCUAGCAGCCGACCGAGAACCUGGAUAUGAUCCUUAUAAUCCUGAACUUCCUAAGGGUUCAUCCAGAAAUGGAGAAGGGAUCUCGGGUGACCUUACAGAAUCUAGUACUCUGGAGUUGGAAUUGGUCAACAAAGCCAUUGAGGCUGUUAAGAAUGAGGUUGAACGAGAACAGGAAAAACUGUCAAGGUAUGAGGAUCUUCUUGAUGCAGAAGAAGAGUAUGUCCUUUCAACAUCAUCUACACAAAAGGCAGUCAGCAAAAUCAAGAAUUGUGCAGAGAUUUUACCUAAUGAAGAAAAAUUGAUAGACUCUUUAGAAUAUAAUCCAAAUAAUUACCAACUAAACAGUAAUGUAGAAUACACCCCUACUCCACUUUCUGUUACUGCCUCUUCUAGUAAAUAUACUUUGGAUACAGACGAUGAAGGUGAUGCAAGAGGUAAUUCUUUGAAAUAUGUCCCAACGCUUGUGACAAAGCCAGUCAAAAAUGCUACCUCGGUAUCCGGUAAUAAAUAUGUGAUUGAUGACACCAAGCCAUGCACUGAUUUAGAGUAUGAUCCUUUGCUGAACUAUUCAGCCCGGCUGAUCAAAAAAAAGACAAAGGAACAUGGGACCAAAAGGCCCAGAGGGAACACCUUGGAGGAGCCUUAUAUACCUACAACAAAGAAGCGUUGCCAUCGCUUGAAAUCAAGCAGCUAUGACACGGAGUUCCCAGACUCUGGAGAUGAACUAAGUAAUAACCAUCAACAAGGUUAUGGUGAGAGUAAGUCAGAUCUAUUGUCUCUAAAGGCAAAAAACUUAAAUGAACAGUCUGCAAAAGAGAUUGCAAUUCAGUAUGAUGAUGAUGAUGUCUGCAAACUUGAUAGCAAAAAAGAGGAUAGAAGGAAACAGAAGCUGAAGUCCAGCAGUCAGUCAUCUAAAACUUCACAUUGUAGCAAGGAAGAACUUGAACGAGAAUGUAAAGGGAAAAAAGAUAAAGGUAGUGACCCAGAUGGUUCAAAAGUGAAGGCAAGAAAGGAUAAAAUUGAUAGCAUUAAAAGUAAAUCUUCCCACCACCCACAGAAAGAUGGCAAAAAGGGAAAAAUAAAAUGUGCAAAGGAAAGUCUAGAAAUUAAGCAAGAAAAACAAAGGGAGAAAUUGAAAGACAGUAAGAAUGGCGAUAACACAUUUGUUGACAAGAAACAUAAAGGUUCUGAGAAAAAUGAGACCAAAGAAGAAAAACAAAAAAUUAAAACUGAUGGAAGUCCUAGUAGAAAGAUGGGAAAAGCAAAAAUGAGCAAAUUGGAUGGGGUAAAAAAUGAAAACCAAUCUAAGUCUAGAUCAAACAGUUUAUCAGAUAGUUCAGGAAAAGUCAAAUGCCCUGAUGGCAAGCUCAUAACUAGUCUGAAAUCUGACAAAAAUAAUAACAACACAAAAUCAAAAGCUUUGAUACCUAAAAAUGGGACUCGUGUAGACAGUAAAAUCAAAGGUAAGGAUUCAAAAUCUGUGAAAGAUAAAGUUAAACAUCAAGAGAAAAAAUUGAAACCAGCCUUGACAAAGCGAACACUCAGUCACACAGAUUUGUUUGGUGAUGACAGCAGUAAUGAUGAAAGCACUGGUAAACCUGACACUGCUGUGAAUUAUGAAUCUAAUUCAGACACUGAUAGAAAUCCACAUAUCAACAGCAGUUCUAGUGAAGAUGAAACUGGGGGAAAUAUUGAACAAGCAGCUUUUUCUUCUGAUGAUGAUAUCGACUGUCUCAGUCUAGAAAAGGAUUUUGAAUUUGAAUCUGAUCCUAUGGAGGAAUGUCUGAGGAUUUUUAAUGAGUCUAAAGAAGUAAAGAAUGAAGAUAAGGGCAGAAUUUCAAAACAGAUGGUGAAAGUCGCAUGCUUUGGUGCACCCAAAUUCUUGAUAGCUCUGGAAACUAAGGAAGAAAAAGAAUCAAGUUUAACUACACUCUUUCCAGGACAGAAAAGAAGAAUUUCACAUAUUUCAAAGCAAGAAAAUGUGGAACCUGCCAAACCAGUUAUCCGUCCUUUUCGUAGACUUACUGCCCAAGAGGUUUGUUAUCAGCGGAGCCUGAUGGCGCAGCAGCAGGCAGUACAGCUGGCAGAAGUGGAAAAAUCAGUUAGUGUAUCUUUCAUCAAUCGAGGGAAGAAGCAGAGAAUUGCACACAAACCAAAGGCAGAGGUGAUCUCAUCGGCUAAUCAAUCUCCAGUGAAGCAGAAUGCAGAACCAAUAAAAAGAACGAUAUGUCCUAACAGUCCAAGAAACAGUACCCUUGGCUUAAAAGCUCAAACUACUGUUGGCAUGGCAUCAAAAACUGUGUCAACGAUAGCACAGAAGAGGAUAGCUCAUACUCCUACUUUGAAGUCAAGCUUGAAGAGACCCACAAUUCCUACGGAAUAUGGCUCAAAAGUUCCAACAAACGUGAGACAACGGUACUUGAAUGUCUUCAUCGAUGAGUGUUUGAAAAUCUGUGGAUCUGAACAAAUGGCCUAUGACAAGGCUUUGAGUGAAGAAAAUACAGUGUAUCAACGAAGCACCAGUAGAACAGUAUACCUAAAUGUGGCUGUAAACACCUUGAAGAAGUUGAGGAGCCAAAGCGAUGCCAUAUCAUCACCUACAAGAAAGACAUCUAAUGUAUCCACAAACAAGAAGAUGCAGUCACAUGAAACAUUGCUUGGAGGAAAGUUGGCCAUGAAGACAAGCUUCACUCUGAAUAGAUCUGGAAAGCAGGAAGAUGUUAAACUGAAGGGUGCUGUGCUAUACAACAGACUAAGUGAGUAUAUUUUAACUGAAGAACAGUUGCAAGAAAAUUGUUAUCCAAGGCCUCAUCCAGAGAAACCAGGUGUUGCAGUGAUUUUUAAUCAGAAUGAGAAAAAGAAUAACAUUGACCCUUCAAUAAGGAUCUGUUGUCGUUGUGGAGCUGAAUAUGCUGUUUCUGUUAGCGGGAACUGUAUCCGGAAAGAAGAGUGCAACUAUCACUGGGGCCGGAUGCGUCGUCAAAAAGUACCUGGUGGUUGGGAAACACAGUACAACUGCUGUGGAGGAGCAGUGGGAUCUCCAGGCUGCCAAACGGCAAAGCAACAUGUUCAGGAUGGUCGCAAAGAAAACUUAGCUGGCUUUAUGAAGACUUUUGAAAAAGCAAUGCCACCAGAUGAAAACCCUGGGAUCUUCGCUUUGGAUUGUGAAAUGUGCUACACAAAGCAAGGUUUGGAGCUGAGCAGGUUGACCGUUGUAGACUCUGACCUAAAGGUGGUGUAUGAUACAUUUGUCAAGCCAGACAAUAAGGUCAUUGAUUACAACACCAGAUUUUCUGGUGUAACAGAAGAGGAUAUGGCGAGCACAACAAUCACCAUCCGAGAUGUCCAGGCAGUAUUACUGAAUAUGUUCAGUGCUGCCACCAUAUUAAUUGGGCACAGCUUGGAAAGUGAUUUAUUUGCACUAAAGCUUAUACAUAGCACCGUGAUUGAUACAGCGAUUGUGUUUCCACAUCGACUGGGAUUGCCAUAUAAAAGAGCACUGAAAAAUUUAAUGGCAGACUACCUCAAACGUAUUAUCCAGGAUAACGUUGAAGGACAUGAUUCCAGUGAAGAUGCUAGUGCCUGUAUGGAACUAAUGAUCUGGCGAUUAAAAGAAGAUGCAAAACUAAGAAGAUGACAUCUCCUGUGUCUUUUCUUUUGUCAUGCAUGUAAAGGACUGGCAUUUUCAACAAGAUUCAUAAUGGAUAUGACGUGAUAAGGAUGUUAUAAUUUGUAGGACUUUUGCAAAACUAGAGGCAAAGUUUGGCUUUUUUUUAGAAAGAAAAACGCAAUCUGAUUCGAAAUUGCCUUUUUUUGUUUACAGUAUUUAUUUGUGUUUUUGCAAAUCUUCUCAGAAAAAUUACUCCGUGCCCAUUGUAAAUGUUUAAUUACCACAAUUCAACUUGGUAGCAUUAUAACAUUUCUUUAAAAUGGCAUUCCAAGAAAUGCAGCCAUUCUUGCUGCAACUAUUGUGUAAGGUUAAAUGUAACUCAAAUGUGCAAAGCCAGUGGCUUUUUUAAGUCAGAUUUAAGAAAAAGUAUGUGGACUUUUGACCCAAAGCAAGUGUGCUUUUCCUACUUUUUCUGUUUCCUUCCUUCAGUUUUGUGUAUAAUGUGGUUUUCAGUGCUGAAAAAAUUAAAGGUAUAAUUUUCUUUUGUAUGUAGUGCCUGCUCAAUAACUCUUUCAAUUUGCUGCUCAUAACUCUUCAAGACUGUACUUGCAAGAAUGGCAUGGUUUGUUAUCUUUUAUGUCUAGUGUUGCAUUAUACUUAGGAUAUGGAAACCUAUUGGGUUGUUCUUCAGAUGUCACUUCCUCACUCCGUUCCUAUUCUCCACCAAAAAGUAGAAUAGUCUUGCACACUUUUUCCUGUAAUUUUGUUUUAGUUAAUCAUUAUCUCACCUCUCUUAUGCCACCUUAAUUGGCCAUGAGGGUCCAUUUUCAGUAAAGCAUAGACCAAACAAGGCACACUGUCUCCCUAUUGCACUGGUUAGUCAUUCAUUACUGCCUAAUUUCAUACUAAUCAUCAAGUUGUACUAAUAUUCUAACUUUGUUACUAGGUUGAUCUUUUGUGUGUAUUUUCUUGUACUGCAAUUUUUUAUCAUCAUGCCAACUGUUGCAUUAGAAGUGAAAAAAUUAUUGGGGAGCAUCUUUAGUGAAUACAUCAUUCUUAAAAAUGUGCUAUAUUGUUCUGCUGACCCAUGUACCAUGGAAAUGCUCCCCGAGCACAUCCCAGUGCAUUUUAAAAAGGUUGGACUAAAUUGUUAAAUAUAGUUGUUGAAACUGAAAAUAUUGGCUGUUUUUAAUAGCUUAAAAUUGUACAUCAAUGGUAAUGUCUUUGUUUUAGAAGUGAAUACUGCUUUUAUAUGCAAAAUAUUUGAUGGAUUGGAUUUGCUUAAGAAAACUUCAAGGUUGGCACUAGACACUUGCUAUAAUGAAUAUUCAAGCAGAACUUUAGUUGCACUUACAGUUUUUGUACUGUAGAGUGUUCCUGUCCUGACUAUUGCAAUUGAUUUCUUAUGUUUUUUUCAGUAAAUUGUAUAAAUAUCUUAGAUUAUUGUUUACACUUUGGUUUAAUAUUUAAGAUUGAAACUAGGUGACAGCAGAUUGAGUGUCACUGGAAUCACCAGAUUGUUUGUGGGGCUGCUAAAAUUUUACAUAGAGUCACUUGGCAUAAAGGAGUCUUUUACCUUCAAAGGACCGUUUAUAGUAGUUAUGGAUCUGCAUAUAGAGGUAGAAAGGUGGUCUUGAUGUUACUUUGGAUAGCUGGUGUCAUGUGGUAGAAGGGGCUGGUGUCCUAAUGGAAUUUCACUAACAAUAUAAGGAAAUUUCAUUAGUUAAGAUUGCUGUGGACUUAUUGAAAGGUCAGUUGAUUGCUAAUCAGUAUGGGAUAGAUCCAUAUUGAAAGUAUUUCAUCAUUAGUUCCUAGACAAGGCCAAUUUGAUGAACUUCAGCAGAUGGAAAUGUGAAUACUGCAGCUAGCCUCUGAGGUAUUCAGAGAAAAAUCAGCCAAGGUUUCUACCCUCUAUCCAAUAACCGUCUAUGUGUAAGGGAAAAUGGUAAAGAUCAGUCUGGGGUACAAGAGCUGUCAGCAUACUACAGUUGAUGCCUGCAUAAGAUGGUGACUUCAGAUUAGGAGAGUUAACUAAAAAAUAGUAAAUAUACAGUCUAAGUUAUUCUGUUUUUGGAAGAUGGUACAUUAUAGGUUUUUUUAAAUCUUUGAAUAGUAAGGAGAAAGAUCUGUACUGAUUAGAGACAAAAGAGACUGCAGAUGCUGGAAUCUGGAGAGUUGUUAAUCUGUACAGAAUAUUUUGAGAAAAAAGUUAGUCUUAAGCCACAUUAUUUUCACAAAGCUCCUUAAUGGCUCAACAGACAAAGGUGCCAUUUGCUGUGGCCCAAUACCAUUCAGAAAUUUUUAUGUUCUUUCCUGGUUUGAGCAGAGUUGGCUCGUCUCAGAGCAAUAUUUGGGGCACCAUAAUUUGCCUUGUUCUUUUCCUUAACCCAAAGGCUUUAUCUUUCUGUACAUGGUUGCUCUACUGUAGGAGCUGCUUUUAUAAAGGGCAUGUUUAUGGCAGGGUUUGGUGAGGAUGCAACUUGACUUGUACUUCAGGGAUUUGGAAUUCACUAAGCAGGAGUUGAGAAAGGAACAGAGGAAAUCUGUUCAUAUUUAAUUUCAUUGAAUGCACAGCUGCAACUGCGGCUAAACAAACAUUCAUUGUCUAAGCUUUAUUUUUUGACGUAUUUCAGAAAAGAUAACAGUGAUGAAACAACAAAGUCAAUUUUUAAAUAUAUCCUCUCAGCCCUGCGUUAGCAAUAAUUGUCCAGCUUUUUACCGAAUAACCCCAGGUUUUAAUAUGUUGAGAUAAUAGUUACUCUGGAAGGUUAAGCCAUUAUUCAGGGGACCUGACUCAGAAUCUCUGCUUCAACUGCACUCACUGUUUCAGCAAACUACCUUUCUUGAUUUUAGACCACUUAAUUAAACAAGUCACUUCAUGAUGGCAGAACAGUCCAUUUAAGGACAAAGCAAGCGCUGACCUGCAGAGUUGCUCUCCUUCCUUGCUGUUGAACAGGGAAGGAGGGAGGGAGUGUUCAGACAAUCUUACGAUACCAACUAAAACAAUGAGCUCCAACUCUAGUUGAAAACUUUGAUUGGGUCAAAAUGAAGAAACAAGCACAUUUAAGAAAGCUGUGUUGUAACUGCUAUCAAAAUUAUUAAGUUUGGAGGAGGAGAAAGAUUGUUUGGUUUCACUGUCAUAAGCACUAAAAGCAAUAGUAAAUUGUUAACGAGUUUCACUAAAAAUGUACAAAAGAACAAAAUAUUUGCAAACAUGACCUUUUGAGUAUUUUUUUUAAAUCUCCUAAAUCAUUACCCAAUAUACCACUUAAUAUCUUAAUCUGUUUAAUGUGCUACAUAUUAUUUGUUGUUUGAUUUUAAUAGAUGUAAAGUGCUAUGGUUCUUCAUGAGAAUAAUUCAGUGAAGGUUGAGCAUUGUUCUGGUUCACAGAACAAUGCAGAACCUUAAGUGUUCCUAAGAAUAAAAACAGUAAAUUUUGUAGACUUGGUAUUAAAAGGAUGUUCAAUUCUUUGACUUUUGUGGCUGUUCCCUGAACAGAAAAUAAUUAUGCUAAUAAUUUGAAAGUAUUGAUAAAUUUAAAUAUAUUACUGAAAUUUUAAGCCAACCUUGCACAUUGGAUAGAAAACUAAAUUUGUGUAUAAACAUUACUAAGAGCUGUGAGUAUACAAAACAUAUAUACUGUAGUAAUUUACGUUCUUUGUUUUGCAAUAAACUUUUUUUAAAAAAGCGCAAAGAAA